AUGAUUGUCGAAGAAGCUGUUGCCACUAACACCUAUGCUGAUCUCACUAUCACUUCUGCUGCUUUAGCCCUCAUUAAGAAGCCUGCUCCGUUCCUCAACAACAUGCUCACCUCAUUUGGUAGACUUCAUCCACCAAGAAAAUCUAUUAACAGUUUAGCACUGAUUGAUCACGACAAUCAAUUCACUUGUACGGGGUUAUAUCAAUUAUCAAUUAUAUUGAUAAGAACUGGAUCAAAUCUAUCAACACGGAACUUGACAAAUUCUGGAACAUGGACAUAUUUGAGUUAG